CUAAUGAGCCUCAUGAGUGAGAAGUCCAUCAGCGGAGGAGCAGCCACCUUCAACGCUCAACAAGUUGUUUUUGGGGGUUUUAAAGGAGCUUUUUAAAUGCAUCGUUUCGCGUCGGAGCAGCAUAACCCCCCCAUCUGACAUAAUCCCCCCUCUCCUCCUCGGUGGCAGACAGGCGGAAGGGACGCCGCCGCGUCCCCGCGCACACUGUCAUUGAAAGUCGGCAGAAGUGGGAAUGGACGUCGGCACCGGCUGAGGGAACAAAAGACUCUGAACACCUGAGCAGGUUCAUUCAUUCAUCACUUUCAUCGAACAGCGCUGUUGUAGAGCCGACUGUCUCCCUGGCUGUCUGAGUGCUUCUGUCACAUGGAACAUUUCGGCGCGCCUUCCAUCACGACGAGUGUUUUUUUCCGCAAAUGACAACGUGCCGCGGAUUCAGUGAAUCCACGCGCUAGAUUCGGGGUCAUUCGACUCGUUUAAUGCCGCUGGCCCGUUCUCCUUUGCGCGUGUCCGAAAGGAUCGGUGCGCCCUGGAGCUCGAGUGUCUCUGCGCGUGUGCCUGUAAUGCGCGUCCUUUUAUGUCCAUUGACAACCCAUCGCUCCUGACAGCGGAUCAAGUGUCCUCGUCAUUCAUCCGCGGAUGCUCCCCGCUCUUCCCCUCACCGCGCGUCUCCAACACAAUGCGAUAGGUGCAGCGUUGUCGGUGUGGCUCAGCAGCUUUGGCUCGUAUACAAACAACGCAGACGGGACACCGACGUCCAUAUACAAACACCGCGGAUCCGGUGCCGAGAUGACCGGCGUCGGACCGCUGAAGGAGGCUGAGGCGAAGAGAGGGAGUGCCACGUGGGGGGAGAGACGUUUCAAGGACGAGGCAGGAGGAGAGACGCGGGAACAUCUGUAAGGACAAAGAGGGCGCUUUAAGGGGAAGUGGAGCUGCUGGCGUCACUCUGACAGGGAGGACGAUUUAACGUGUGGAUGGAGCCGUUUCCAAGGGCACCGAGGUAAGCAUGGCCACAUCAGCCGAGAGAGGGCGGAGGUGUGAGUUGCCGGCUCCGGGGCUAUGACUGGAGAUACAGAGACCACUUUUCUGUAGGUUCUUCGAUUUAACAUUGGGAUUGAACUAUUGGCGUUAUACAACCUGUGUAAUCUAGAUUGACUGCAUGAACUGGUAGUCUUCUCCAAGGGUCACCGGUUCGCCCUCUUCCCUGACUUGGAAUGGAUGGGGUGGCGGGAGGUGCGUGUACCCCCAGUAGCACCGGUGGAUCUGGGGGGGACAGCCUCUCCAGACGUAAUGGAGGGGACUCAAAGCGGCGCAGUAAGGGCAGCCUGCCCUCUCCAGGUUACAGGCUGUCCCAGGCAUCCUUGGAAGGGGAGAGGGGCUCCUUCGGCGGGGACAGCAUUUCCUCUGGUGGACGCGGCCGUCGCCCCUCCAUCCUGAGUUCCUCCACCAGGGAUGGACUUCCCUUCCGCGCAGCGGGCACCCCGGUGCCCCUGCCGCCACCGCCGCCCUCGUCCGCCGGCACAUCCCACCCGCCCCCUCGUUCAGUGGGCUUCGCCAACACUCGCGCCGCCCUGACCUCCUCCUCCUCUGCCGGCACCGGAGUGAUGGUGGUGGCCACCGGCCCAGAGGCCACCACCACCACUACAUGUAACACCACUGCUCCAGGUACCCCGGACUUAAUGGGUCAGUGUGUACUGGGUGGUUUUGGGCUGGACGGAGAGGACUACAGCGCCUCCAACCAGAGCACCUUCAUCCAGAGACAAUUUGGACCCAUGCUUCAGCCGGGGGUCAACAAGUUCAGCCUGCGCAUGUUUGGUUCCCACAAAGCCGUGGCACUGGAGCAAGAAAGACUGAAAUCGGCGGGGUCGUGGAUCAUACACCCAUACAGUGACUUCAGAUUCUACUGGGACCUGUUGAUGCUGAUGUUGAUGAUGGGGAACCUAAUCAUCCUGCCAGUGGGCAUCACUUUCUUUAGAGAUGAAAACACUCCCUCCUGGAUCAUCUUCAACGUGGUCUCUGACACUCUCUUCAUGGUCGACUUGGUUCUAAACUUCAGGACCGGCAUCAUCAAGGAAGACAACACUGAGAUACUGCUGGACCCGAGAGCUAUCCGACAGAAGUAUCUGAAAAAUUGGUUCCUGGUGGACUUUGUGUCAUCCAUCCCCGUGGACUACAUCUUCCUGAUGGUGGACAGUCUGGACACCGAGGUUUACCGGACGGCCAGGGCGCUGCGCAUCGUCCGCUUCACCAAAAUCCUGAGCCUGCUACGCCUGCUCCGCCUGUCCAGACUCAUCCGCUACAUCCAUCAGUGGGAGGAGAUCUUCCAUAUGACCUAUGAUCUUGCCAGUGCUAUGGUGAGAAUAGUUAAUCUGAUCGGUAUGAUGCUGCUGCUCUGCCAUUGGGACGGCUGUCUCCAGUUCUUGGUCCCUAUGCUACAGGACUUCCCUCCUGACUGCUGGGUUUCCAAGAACUUGAUGGUGAAUGACACGUGGGGCCUGCAGUACUCUUAUGCUCUGUUCAAAGCCAUGAGCCACAUGUUGUGUAUCGGGUACGGUGCCCAGGCUCCAGAAGGGAUGACCGACGUGUGGCUCACCAUGCUCAGUAUGAUCGUCGGUGCUACCUGCUACGCCAUGUUCAUCGGCCACGCCACCGCUCUCAUCCAAUCACUGGACUCCUCACGGCGACAGUACCAGGAAAAGUACAAGCAGGUGGAGCAGUACAUGUCAUUCCAUAAGCUUCCUGCGGACGUUCGGCAAAAGAUCCACGAGUACUAUGAGCACCGCUUCCAGGGGAAAAUGUUUGACGAGGAGAACAUCCUGGCGGAACUCAGCGAUCCGCUCAAAGAGGAGAUAGUCAGCUUCAACUGCCGCAGCCUCGUGGCUAACAUGCCGCUGUUCGCCAACGCCGAUCCAAACUUUGUGACUGCGGUGCUGAUCAAGCUCCGGUUUGAAGUGUUCCAGCCUUCAGACUUCAUCAUCCGCGAGGGCACAGUCGGACGGAAGAUGUACUUCAUCCAGCAUGGGCGAGUCGGUGUGCUGACGCGUGGCAACAGGGAAACCAAGCUGAGCGACGGGUCGUACUUUGGAGAGAUUUGUUUGUUGACUCGUGGACGGAGGACAGCGAGCGUCCGUGCAGAUACGUACUGUCGCCUGUACUCUCUCAGCGUGGACAGCUUCAACGAGGUGCUGGAGGAGCAUCCGAUGAUGAGGCGCGCCUUUGAAACUGUCGCUGUGGACCGAUUGGACCGAAUCGGCAGGAAGAACUCCAUGCUACUGCGGAAGUCAUCGCAGGGUGGUUCUCUGGGGGGCAGUAUGGGUCGCGGUGGAGGCCGUGCUUCCGGGGGUCCGGGUGCCGGGGCUCUGGGCUCCUGUGACAGCAUGCUGGUGCAGCAGAUUGUCAAACACGACAGCAUGUCGGCCAUGCAGGAUGCCAUCGCGGCUGCUGCUGCAGGAAGAAGUGGCACGGUGUCUCCUCGGCCACGCCCGGUCAUCUGGGCGCCGCUUGUCCACGCCCCCUUGCAGACUGCUGCUGCUGCCACCAGCAAUGUAGCAAUCGCCCUCAUGCACCAGCAGCAGCAACAGCAGCUUCAGCAGCUUCAGCAGCAACAUGCAACAUGUGCAGGUACUUUCUUCCUGCCCUCCCCUCUUGUCUCUCCCUCCCCUUCGACCUCUUUCCCUUUAUCUCCCCCUCGCCCUCCCGUGUUACAGACCCUCCGUCCCUCUGUGAGCUCUCUCUUUGGGAUGAUGACAAUGGGAGGGGUGGCUGGUUUGUCCCCAAGAGGAUUUCCUUCCUCCUCAUCGUCCAUGGGACCUCCGGGUGGGUUAACAUCACCCCCUAUUGUCAAAACGCCAUCCACACCCUCCUCCUCUGUCCCGACAUCUGUCCAACAAGAAAGGACUCUUCUUUACAACCUCCGCCUCCAGGCUGAUCAUCCGUCAAUGGUUGCUGGAUCGCCAGGUGGAGGAUCACAAACGACGCCCAUCCGCAAGGUAUCGGUCGCCAACCCCCCGACUGCUCGUGGUGCCCCGUCAGAUUGCAACACUUUUUUGAUGGGCCGGCAGGGGGCAAAAGAAGCUCUGUUACGUUACGGUGGAAACAGCUGUCAGGGUCUUCCUGCACUUGGACGACUCACCCAGGAGGCCAGGCUGCUGUCCGCCUCACCCACUCUUCCUCACCGCUCCUGGGCCCGGAGAGUUGCCUCUCCCGCCUCUACUACAGGAAGGGCCUCUGGUGGCAAUUUGCUGGCGGGCUCCUUUUCCUGGCCGGGACAGUUGUCUCAGGGGGAGGCUGCGCAUGUUAUGCUGACCUAUAACGCUCCAGUACAGCUGGUGACAAACAUACCGUUUAAUUCACAAGCACAGGUCGCAGCCUCUAUUCAGGCUGCACUGGCACACAAUCUGUCAACACAACCCUGCCCCUUCACACGGGCCACUGUGCCCACACCUACGGCUGCAUACAUGCCCUUCUGCAGCUUCCUCCCCUCCAAAAGCAGACAACGCACUCCUCUCCCCACCCCUUCAACUGUGCUCACACAGACACCUCGACCUAAACUGAUACCAAUGACCCCCUUGCGCUCUUCCCCUCCUCCUCCCUGCUCAGCCCCACCUUUACCAGGAACAAACCCGCUGUCGCUCUCUGCAACUCCCCGUCCCAAACCAAUCUCUGCAUCCUCUUCCCGCUCUUCGUCUCCCUCUCCCUCCUCCACACCGCCUCCACCUUCGGUUUCUACCCCUAUUUUAACUUGUGGGCCCAAGACAUCUUUUAGCUCCUCUUCUCCCCCUUCCUCCUUGAUCACUUCUAUCCCACCACGUCCCCAGAGCCCCCGAGCCAGGGCAUCCAACACACCUCCUCCUGCUUCUCCAUUGUCUGGCCCCAGUCCCGCCCCAAUCUCUUCUCCAAUACAGACUCCCACUCAGACGACCCGUGCUCGCCCUUCUACCCCCGCCCAAACUCCUACACAAACUCGGUCACCUGUUACUCCGACCCAGGCACUAACCCAUACACCUUCUCCCUCUCCCAUCCCCGUUUCAGGUCCUCCCUCCCUAACUAAAUCCCAGAGUCCAACCCCCCUCCAGCCCUCAGUUCCUUGUUCAACCAAAAGCUCGAGUCAGAACCCAAAACUGAAUCCAACCCAAACUGCAUCUCCUUCCCCUACACCAGCCAACACUAGUUCUACCAAUAAAAUAACGUUCACAGUUCAUCCCGUAAAGCAAGCCCCUCCUGUCCUUACUCAAGCCCCCACAUCUGGCUCUGUUUUCUCCACUAAACCCACCCCAACUACACCCUCCCCCUCAACAUCUUUAUGCCCGAACCCAAGCUCCGCUAGCCCCUCGUCUCUUCCUACAGCCUCCUCCUCGUCCACCAUCUCCCCCAGUUUACAAUCUGCUUCUGCUCGCCCCAAGAAACAAACGCCGACAAGCACGGCUCCCGUUGCCGUCCCCCCCAAAACUAAUACACCCUCUACCACUGCCCAGACCUCUCAGGCACCUGCUACUACACCCACCCUGUCCGCACAUGCAGCCACCCCUGCCAACACCAGCUGCCCUAAAGAUGGGAAAAAAGACCCUCAGCUGUCACUGACUAGAAAAGACUCAGAGAGACAAAGACACAAACUGCCCUUCGGCAUGUGAGACAUUCUCAUAGGAUGUUGUGGCCGCUGCUGACUAGCGGACACCUGGAUUUACAGAGUUGUGUCAGAGUCAUAUUAGAUAUCUAAUGAUAUUGUGUGGACAGGUACAUCUUGUUUGCAUUCACUCUAGGAUGUGAUUGUCUUAGAGCAUCAGGUGUUGAUGUGACUCUCAACCAAGCCGUCGCUCAAGGAGACUCUCUCUGUAGGUAUGUUGAGUGGUUGGCGCAAGCAAUGGAGUCUGAGAAAACAUCCAAAUGUAUACAUACAUAUCUUUGUUAGUGAUUGUUGGAGCAAGCAGGGGAGCUGAAGUGGAAACAGUAUGCACAGUAAAUGGGGUGCAAGCAAUAGCUUAGAAUUUUCUAUACAUGCAAUACAUGUAAAACAUUUGAGACACUCAUAAUGUGACAGGAAAUGAUAUUGACGAUAUUAUAAUAAUUUUGAGAAAAGACCAUUUGGACGUUGGAUGAUAUCAGUUUCAAAUGCGGGCAAUAAAGCAGACACUUGGAUGUCCAGCUCCAACUCCCUCUUGCCUCCCAUUCUGCACCAAAGUGUAAUAUUUUCUCAUCAGAUUAUUAAUAAGAAGAAGAAUAUCAAAUCACUGUAAAGUCAAUGCUCAUAUAAAUUUGAAUAAUUAAGAGCAGUUCACUGGUAGUUUUGUGGUCUGAGGUGUGUGGUGUUUAGUUUUUUUAACAAGACAAAACUUUUAAACCUACCUGUUUUUUCGUGUGUGGAAGUCAAUUACUGCUUCGCUGUGCACCGAGGCUCAUCCGGCACCCUGAACUGUAAAUACGCACCUCUCUGUCGCUCUGCUGUAAGCUUCCUCACUCCUCAGCCUCUGCGUCUUUCGUCUGAUUUCACAGCCCUUGUAGCUAACAGACUUGCUCACUGCCUCUCGGUUUGCCCGGCGUCUCGCUCUUUUGCGGCCGUCAGCCUAAUGUUCGUUUUGCUCUUUGUGCUGUCGCCCUGCGACACUGUUAUAGCAUAAUUUCCAGCGAUGUUUGAUGUUUUGUGUGGGUAGCAACCAGACAUUUCUGUCUUAAACCCUAAUACCAUGUUGCCUAGGCUAUGAAUUAAAGGACCAAAUGUUUUAUUUUUUAUUUACCACAGCUUCAGCUUUCGAACCGAAAACAAAUAAAGGCCAAUAAUGGUGUCACAAUGAUGA